AUGAAGCAAUUCGGCACGACGUACGAGUCGAUUCAACUAGCCACAGGCGAGCGGGUGGCAGCGAAAGCGAUCGAGAACAAGGAAGUGCGUAUAAUGAAACAGGUGCGUGUAACGAAGAAGGCGUACAAUGAAGCAGGUGCUUGUAACGAAGCAGUUGCGCAGAGCGAGAGUGAAAGGAGCAAGCUGGAUGAAGCUGCCUAUAGCAGCGGCGGACGUGCGGAGGGAGGUGGCGAUAAUGAAGCUGCGGUUUCAACACAGUUCUCAAAUCCCACUACUCUCUCCGGUCCCCUUCUCCCCCCCCCCCCGUUUCCCCCCCAUCCCAUUCCCCCCUCUCCCCAACCACCAUCUCCCCGCCCACAGAUGAAGCUGCCUAUAGCAGUGGAGGACGUGCGGAGGGAGGUGGCGAUAAUGAAGCUGCUGUCGGGCCAUCCCAACGUGGUGCAGUUCAUUGACGUGUUUGAGGACACCGACUUUGUGUACAUCUGCAUGGAAAUCUGUGAGGGUGGCGAACUCCUUGACCGAAUCCUUAGCAAGCGGGAGAACCGGUAUUCAGAGAAGGAUGCAGCAGGGGUGGUGCGGCAGAUGCUGAGCGUGGUGGCCAAGUGCCAUCUGCACGGGGUCGUGCACCGCGACUUAAAGCCCGAGAACUUUCUCUUCAAGUCCAAGGCAGAGGACGCGCUCCUUAAAGCCACCGACUUUGGCCUCUCGGAUUUCAGAAAACCCGGCAAACACUUCACAGACGUGGUGGGAAGCGCCUACUACGUCGCACCUGAGGUGCUCAAGCGGCGGUCGGGGCCGGAGAGUGACGUGUGGAGCAUCGGGGUUAUCACGUACAUUCUUCUGUCAGGGAGGCGGCCAUUCUGGGAUAGAACGGAGGCGGGGAUAUUCAACGAGGUGCUGAAGAAGCGGCCUGACUUCAGGGAGAAGCCAUGGCCUAAUGUGUCGUCCAGCGCCAAGGACUUUGUGAAGAAGCUUCUCAAGAAGGACCCCCGCGCCCGACCCACUGCCGCCCAGGCCUUGUCACACAAGUGGGUGAAGGAGGGGGGCGAUGCUUCGUCAGUCCCGCUGGACAUAGCAGUGCUGUCCAACAUGCGCGAGUUCGUCAAGUACUCGCGCCUCAAGCAGAUGGCGCUCAAGGCCCUUGCGACAACACUGGAGGAGAAUGAGGUGCAGGCGUUGAGGGAUCAGUUCAACGCGAUGGACAUUAACAAGGAUGGUACCAUCACGAUUGAUGAGAUCAGACAGGCACUAAGUCACGACCUGCCAUUUGAAGUGAAGGAGUCGAGAGUGCUGCAGAUCCUCCAAGCGAUGGACACCAACUGUGACGGGAUUAUUGACUUUGAUGAAUUUGUGGCAGCAACGCUGCACGUGCAGCAGCUGGAGGAGGCCGACUCCACCAAGUGGCAGGAGCGCUCGCGAGCCGCAUUCGCCCAGUUUGACCGCGACAACGACGGGUACAUCGAUGCGGAGGAGCUGAGGAUGGUAACCCAGCGCGCCCUCCUCUCGCUCUUCUCCUUCCUCCGCCUCGCCCCUCUGGCCGACCGCAUGAGGGAGAGCGCGCCCCUCGCCUCUCUCUCCCUCGCGCUCUGCCUUGCUGCCUACGCUGUGCCGCUGCUUGUGCCGCUCGUUGUCCAGAUGCAAUCCCAGCCGUUGGUGGUGCAGAUGCUGCAGACGGGGCUUGUUGCUGCAGCUUUCCCUCUCACUGCUAUCCCAGCAACCAUGGAUGCAUUGGUGGAUAUAGCAGGCGGGGCAGUGAACAUCCACGUGCUCAUGACCGUCGCAGCAUUGGCAUCAGCGGCCAUGGGGAAUGCACUCGAGGGCACUCUGCUGCUCGCUAUGUUCUCCAUCUCCCAUAUAGCGGAGCAUUAUUUCACCGAAAAGGCUCUGGGCGACCUUCGCUCCCUGCAGGACAACAACCCUUCCACUGCUCUGCUCAUCGAUCCCUCGUGCCUCUCUUCUGUCGGUGCUUCUACUGCUGCUGCUGCUUCUGAAAACGGUGCCAGUGGCGGCAGCAACAGCAGCAUCAGCAACGGCAGCAGCAACGGCAGCAGCAGCAGCAGCAGCAGCAGCAGCAGCGGCGACGGUGGGAGCGAAAGGAGAGAAGGCGGGGUGGUGUUUCCGGGUCUGGCUGCCCUCUCCUGGUCCGAAGUGCCUGUAGCAGAUGUGCCGGUGGGGGCUAUGGUGCUGGUCAAAGCGGGCGAGGUGGUCCCUCUAGACGGCACCGUCCGCUUCGGCCGCUCCCUCGUCACCACAGAGCACCUCACCGGCGAAGCCCACCCUGUCGAGAAGCUUCCCGGAAACACCCUCCCGGGCGGCUCGCACACCGUCGACGGCUUCCUCGUCGUGGAAACUUCCCGGAAAUGGUCCGAGUCCACCGUGGCUCGCAUAAUGCAGCUCACAGAGCAAGCCAGGUCCCAAAAACCGCCUCUCCAACGCUGGCUGGAUAAAUUCUCCGAGAAAUACAGUCAAGCCGUGGUGGGAUUGUCGGUGGGAGUGGCUGUGCUAGGCCCUGUGUUGUUCGGAUGGCCGUUGCUCAGCUCGCCAGGGGUGCGGGGGUCACUGUAUCGGGCACUGGCAGUGAUGGUGGCGGCGUCGCCCUGUGCCCUCGCUGUUGCUCCGCUCGCCUACUUCUGUGCUCUCACUGCCUGUGCAGCCAAGGGCAUUCUACUGAAGGGCGGCCAUGCCCUGGACGCCACAGCAGCGUGCGACACAGUGGCGUUUGACAAGACCGGCACGCUCACCACCGGCCAACUCGCCCUGCGCUUCAUCCAACCUCUGCACUCCCACGCACCGCACACCACUCCCUCCCUCCUCACCCCCUCCUCCCCCGUCCCUCCCUCCGACUCCACACCUUCCUCUCCCUCCUCCUCCACCUCCUCUCCCUUCUCUUCCUCCUCCUCAUCCGCCUCUUCCUCGUCCUCCUCUCCUAAUUUCGUUGAAAGCGAGAAAUUCUGGGAAGACUGUGCAAUGGAGGGGACAGGGGGAGUGCGCAGACACAGUCACGAGUGGGAGGAGACAGGAGUGGUGGUGGAGUGCAGCAGUGCAAGCUGUGAGGCAGAGGCGCUCGCAGUGGCUGCUGCACUCGAGCAAGCAGCCACGCACCCCAUUGCCAGGGCCCUACAGGAAUACGCGGACAGCAGGAGAGCUACUCUCACGGGGGUGAGCGUGGAUCAGCUGCAGCUGGUGCCGGGGCGAGGGCUCACAGCUACCAUCUCUAGCUUGCCUGGCGAGAGCGACAGGUGGGGCCCGCACGAGGCUCGCAUUGGCUCCCUGGAUUUCAUUGCUGAGGUGGCAGAGGAUCGUUGGGCGAGCAGAGCAGCAGCAGGAACAGUACAGGGUGGUGAUGGGUUUGACAGAGAUAAGGCAGCACGAGCAUCAGGAGCAGCAGCAGCAGACACACCAUCAGUAUCCCAGUCAAACCCACCACCACCCCCAACUCUCCCGCCAAGCGACCUAAUCCGAGCAGCUUUGGCAGUGGGGCAAAAGGUAACCCUCUUUCACUUCGAAGAUCAGCUUCGGCCCGGAGCUAAGGAAGUGGUUCGGCAGCUGCAGCAGCAGGGGGGGCUGAGAGUCCAAAUGCUCACUGGGGACCAUGCAGCUUCGGCACACAGGGUAGCAGCAGCGGUGGGGAUAGAGGGAGGGGAAGUUGAGGCGGGGUUGAGACCGGAAGAUAAGCUGAGGGCGGUUGAGGAGAUGACUGGGAGGAUGGGGAGGGAGGGGAGGGGAGGCGUGCUGAUGGUGGGGGAUGGGAUCAACGACGCGCCUGCUCUGGCUGCUGCCACGGUUGGGGUGGUGCUGGCAGAGCGAGCGAGUGCAACAGCAGUGGCAGCAGCAGACGUGCUUCUAUUGAAGGACAAUAUCUCAGAGCUCCCGUUCCUAGUAGCCAAGGCUCGGCAAACCACCCUCAUUGUGAAGCAGAGCGUGGCUCUUGCACUGACUUACAUUCUGCUCGCACUCCUCCCCGCCAUUCCUUCCCUCCCUCUGUUUCCCUUUGCCUGUGCUCCUCCCGUCCCUUUCCUCCAACCCCAUCCUUGCCCUCCUCCACACCAGGUGAAGCAGAGCGUGGCUCUCGCACUCACAUGCAUUCUGCUCGCACUCCUCCCCGCCAUUCCUUCCCUCCCUCUGUUUCCCUUUGCCUGUGCUCCUCCCGUCCCUUUCCUCCAACCCCAUCCUUGCCCUCCUCCACACCAGGUGAAGCAGAGCGUGGCUCUCGCACUCACAUGCAUUCUGCUCGCACUCCUCCCCGCCCUUCUGGGGCACAUGCCUCUCUGGCUCACGGUGUGUGCAGUUGGGUGGGCUGGGGUGGAUUGCGGUGGAUAUGGCACGCUCAACCCGGCACCUCUUCGCCGCCCCGGCCUCACAUCUCCCCUGCUCCCCUCUCCUUGUUCUGGUUACACCUCAG